AUGACGAAACUAUUCCUCACCGGGGUCACCGGCUACAUCGGCGGCGACGCCUUAGCCACACUCGUAGCCAAACACCCAGAGUUCUCCUACACCGCGCUGGUUCGCAGCACCGAAAAGGCCGAAAAAGUAAAAGCCCAAUACCCAUCCAUCCGAACGGUAAUCGGAGGUUUGGACGAUUCCGCCUUGAUCGAGAAAGAGAGUGCCGCGGCAGACAUCGUGCUGCACACUGCGGAUUCCUCCGACCAUGUGGGAGCAGCUAAAGCCAUAAUUGCCGGUCUGGUCGCCGGCCACAGCAAGGAAAACCCAGGCUACUGGCUGCACACAGGCGGCACGGGCAUCCUGACAUAUGAAGACACCGAUAAGAACGAAUACGGAAAUAGAAGCGAGCAUGUGUACAACGACUGGGAUGGAGUAGAUGAGCUCCUCAAUCUACCUGAUCACGCAUUCCAUCGGAAUGUCGACAAACUCGUCCUCGAGGCUGCAGCCAAGCACUCAGACGUUCUCAGGACAGCACUUGUCUGUCCGCCCACUAUCUACGGAACAGGACGCGGUCCAAUCUCCCAACGCAGCCGCCAAGUCUACGAACUAGCAAAACUAACCAUCCGCCAACAAAAAGGUCCCAUAAUUGGCGCCGGCCAGUCAAUCACUAAUCACAUCCACGUCCACGAUUUAAGUGACGUCUACGCUCGACUCGUCGACGCGGCAAUCGCAGGCCGAACAGACGACGGCCUCUGGGGUCCCAGAGCCUACUAUCUCACCGAGAACGGCGAGCACUGCUGGGGAGACAUAGCAAAAGCCACAGCCGAGAUAGCCGCCAAAUUGGGGUACAUUCCCGAAGCCAAGACCGGACCUCUCGAUCUCGAAAGUGCCAGGCAGAAUGCAGGAUAUGAGUCUGUUAGCUGGGGGUUGAAUUCUCGCGGACGUUCGCUGCGGGCGCGUAAGCUUUUAGGUUGGAAGCCUUCGGCGCCUGGGUUAGUGGAAACGUUACCGGAGAUUGUGAGUGGUGAGUGGCGGUUGCUGCAAGAGAAGGCCUGA